AACAUUAGCUACAGUGAACUCCAAUUUGUAUAAGUGUAUCUCGAAGUGAAGGGAAAGAGCGCGGUUCUCCAAUGGUUGGCGGCUUGCGAAUAAAGCUAGUACGAUGGGGCUUCAACCUAAGACCAUUCUAUGUGCUGUCGGUGAUGCAAAGGCGUCAAGCGCGCAACUCGGGCUCACGAAAGGAGGACAUCGGCUGGUGGGAUCCGAAUCCCGCUGCCGAUGGUAACAUGCACCUGGGCCUCAAAAUGGACAGAUUAAAGUACUGGUUGACCAUCGGUGCCAAGCCAACAGACAAGGUAGCUGACCUGCUGGGUUAUGUGGGCGUCCUUCCCCAGCUGGCUUCAUGGUUUGUCUUCUUUGCUUUGGCCAGUGGCGUGUAUGCGUUUUACUUGCCUUUCGUUGAGGACGCGGGUGUUCGGUGGUUCCUCGUGGCACUGUAUUCAGUCCUAGUUGUGGCCAUCGUCACACUGGACCUUUACACAAGUUGCUUGGACCCUUCAGACCCGGGCCUAACAGGGGCCACAGACGGAGAGUUUUUCUGCGGGUUAUGCCAGGCAAGCGUCGCGCGAACCAGCAAACACUGUCGCGCUUGCGACCGUUUCACAGAGAAGGAUGAGAUGCGGGACCUUGUGUCCGAUAAGUACGGGAAGAGCGUUGUUUACGGGGGAUGGCAGGCAGCCCUAGCCAUCUACAUGGCUCUCCUGGUGAUAUCCGUGGUCAUGCUCGGCGAGCUGUUCUUCUUCCACGUGGUCCUGAUCAGCAAGGGAUUGACCACCUACGAUUACAUCAUUGCGCAGCGGGAUGCCAAAUUGGCAGCACCGACAAAAAGCUCAGGAGCCAACAUGAAGGGAUGUCGCUCCAGCCGGGUCGCCGACACGACCACCGCAAAACGCAAACCUGUGAAGGGCAACCACCCUGUAUCGUACGACGCGGCCAGCAAGGUCGGCAAGGCUGGAGCCGCGGCUGCAGGCGGCGGCACCCCAGGCUACCCGGGCGACCCUGCAGCCACAGACCUCACCACCUCUCCGCCCGCUGUCGGAAAGCCUUUGCAGCUUGGCGCUCUCGGAAGCGGCUCCCUGGGGAGCAACUCCUCCUCCGAUGUCGGUGGCAGGGACGGUCUGGGACUAUCGGAGAAGGCCGCCGCCGUCGCAACCGGCAGUGUACAGGAGCUCGUAGCUCGCGCAGUGGCGGAGCAGACCCUCUUUAAGCAGCCGAGUCUGCGGGAAGCAGCGGUGUUGCGCGGCCUGUUGCCAUUGCCCAGCCCCUCGGGAGCUGGAGGCGGCGGCGGGGGGGUUCCUGCCGGCGGUCCUGUCUUUGGCGGCCCUGGAAGUUGCGUACCGGAAUGCGGAAACAUCAUAUCGGAAGCUGGCGGCGACGCCACCACCGCAGGGAGCAGGCCAGUGAUGGGUGACGAAGAGUUCAUGUCGCUGGAGCUGGCGAAGUGCCAGCAUCAGCAACAGGGCGGUCCUAACCUGGCGGCAGGCGGCAUGGCUGCGGCAGCCUGCACUUUUGGGACGACCCAUGGGUCUAGACAUCUGGGUUCAUUUGGGUCGCUGCCAUAUCGCUCCGGGAGUUUGGGUGGGGCAGCGGGGGCUCAAGGCGUCGCAUCAGCAGCGCCGGCAGUGGCAGUGCUAGCGCCAUCAGCAGUCGUAGGGUUGGGGAAUUUUGAUGCAGCGGCGGCGGUGCCGCAGCCCGCUGGGAGGCACCUGGGGGGUCAUACGGUCUCGCCACGCGGACUUGCGGGCCCGACGGCAGCAGCGGAGCCGUCGGCGGCGGCGGCGGCAGUGUCCAUGGCCCUUUCGAGAGCGGGUUCGUUGCCGCCGUUGCUCUCGGCGCCGAGCUUGCCUGACUUGGCAGCGCCUGGUGGCGGUGCCGGCUCUCGGAGUUUGUUGUUUCCUUCCAAGUCGAAGUCGCCGCGGGGGACAGUCGGGGGCCUCCGAGGAGGAGAGCUUCCAACAACACCUGAGUGA